UACAAGAUCGGGAAGGAGUUGGGCAAAGGCAGUUUUGGAGUUGUCCGUAUUGCAAAGGCUCGAAAUAGCAAGAAGCUCUUUGCUAUCAAGAUGAUUGCCAAGAACAUGAAGAACUUUGACAAGCAUUCUCUGGAGGUCGAGAUCCGGAUAUUGAAAGCUGCGGACCACCCGAACGUAAUGCGGCUGUAUGGGGUGUAUGACGAGCUGGAAAGGACUUUCCUGAUCCUUGAACUGAUCCGCGGCAGCAACCUGAUGGACCGAAUCCUCAAGACAAAGCUGCUCUUCUCUGAAAGAGAAGCGGCAAAGCUCACCAAGGACGUUGCUGGGGCCCUCCGCACCCUCCACAGCAUCCUGAUCACCCAUCGUGACCUGAAGCCUGAGAAUCUCAUGUACGCCUCCGACGAUCCUGCUAGUCCUGAGUACUCGACCAUCAAGCUCUGCGACUUUGGGCUUGCAAAGAUGUGCUCGUCUCCAAUGGAAAAGAUGACGUCUUUCUGUGGGACGCCUGGGUACAUGGCCCCGGAGGUUUUAGACAAGCAUCGUUCGUACGACAGCAAAGUGGAUGUCUGGUCGCUCGGGGUCAUCCUCUAUGUUUUGCUCUGUGGGUACCUGCCGCACCCUUGGGUGGAGAACGCGGAGACAACGCUGAGGAGAAUGAGGUCGACGGACUUGGAGUUCAAACCCGAGUUCUGGGAGAAGAUCUCGGCUACAUGCAAGGACCUGAUCUGCAAGAUGCUCAGCCUGGAUGCAGCCCAGCGGCUGUCAGCCGCACAAGUUCUGGAGCAUUCCUGGAUC